AUGGUGGACGAAACUUUUGCAUCUGCUAGUAUUGACCAACCCUUGCCAACACAAUUAAUUGGUUCUAGUCAAAAUAAAAUGCCACCUCCUACUGGAUCAACUCCAUCAACUCCUCCUCUUGUAGCUAUUGAUCUUGCCUCUAACCUUGUACAAGAUUGUGGUUCAGAGAAUGUGAGCAGAAAGAGAAAAGAGCUUGAGAAGAAGAGUAAACAAUCACAAGUUUGGGAGCAUUUUGUGAAGUUGCCUUUGGAAGAAACAAAUGGAGAGAUAUUGAAGCAAGUGUUGAAGAAGUCUGUAAAUCGUGUUUGCUUGACAACUGAUUGCUGGACAUCUACUCAAAAUUUCAAUUACUUAUGCCUUACUUGUCAUUCCAUUGAUCCUGAGUGGAAGUUGCACAAGAGGAUAUUAAAUUUCUGCAUGAUUGAGAAUCAUAGGGGUGACACAAUUGGAAAGACAAUUGAGAAGUGUCUAUUAGAAUGGGGAAUUGAGAAGGUGUUUACCAUAACAAUGGACAAUGCAUCAUCUAAUGACACGGCUUUGUCUUAUUUAAAAAGAAGGCUUAGGAAUUGUAAGGGCAUGGUUUGUGGGGGUGAUUACCUUCAAUUGAGAAGUUGUGCACAUAUUCUUAACUUGGUGGUUAAUGAUGGGUUGAAGGAGUUGAAAAACAGCUUUGAUGCAAUUCACAAUGCAAUUAAAUAUGUUCAUUCUUCCCCUGCUCGUCUCCAAAAGUUUAAAAGUGUUGCUGAGUUAGAGAAAUUGAACACUACUAGCCUUGUUUACCUUGAUGUCAAUACUCGAUGGAAUUCAACUUACUUGAUGUUGGAAUCCGCUUUGAAGAUUCAAAAGGCUUUUGAAUGCCUAGAAGAUGAAGAUGAAGAUUAUAUGGGGCAAUUCAUUAGAGGCACUAAGCGUGAAGGCCCUCCUAAAGCUAGUGAUUGGAACAAGACACGUGUCUUUCUCAACUUUUUGAAGUUGUUGGAAGAGAACAUUGUGAAUGUUGAUCCUUUGCUUAUGAAAAUGUCCCUAAGUAUGAGAAGCAAGUAUGAAAAAUAUUGGGGUCAAACAGAGAAUAUGAAUCCUUUGCUCAUUGUAGCGGUGAUUUUGGAUCCUCGGUACAAGCUUGCUUAUGUGAAUCAUAUAUUUGAGCAACUUUUUCUUGAUCUUGAAGUUUGCAUGGCCAUGAAAAUUAAGAUCAAAUAUGUCUUGUACCACAUGUUUGAUGAGUAUUCUAAAGGACUAGGGAUUAGUAUCCCAAGCAAUGCUUCUUCUUCUACACUUCCAGGAUCAUCAACAUGUUCAAUGCUUAAAGGCCAAGGGGGUAUAGAUCCAGGUCCAUGGUGGAGAGCCAAUUCUAGCAAAUACAAGGUUCUUUCUAUGAUGGCACGUGAUGUCUUGGCUAUUCCAGUGUCUACAGUGGCCUCUGAAUCAACCUUAAGCACAGGAGGACGUGUAGUGGACUCUUAUAGGAGUUCAUUAUCACCAAAGAUGACUGAAGUGCUUAUCUGUGCUCAAAAUUGGCUGCUUCCUGGACAAUCCAUCUCUAAAUUUGCAUCCAUGCUUCAAGAAUUUAAUAAUUUUCAGGAGACCGAGGGUGUGGUGAAGACUGUGUUACUGAUGUCAGAGAAGAUGGUUGUGUGA